UGAACAUGGGAAAAAAAAAACUGUCAAUCUCAAGAUGUCACUUCCUCCCUCUGAAAACAGAUUGGGUGGGUCAGGAGUCAGAUCCUCACCAUUGGAGGAUCGCUGAAUGAGUUCCAUUGGCGAGCGCUCUUGAACAGUUGGCAAGACAGAGAUAGAGGUUGAGACCAGAGGAGUAGAGAACCUAUCUAAACCUGGCGAGUAAAUCUUUGGCGCGGUGCCAUAGGCAGCGCGAGCGCUGAAACUGAAGAAGACGAAGAAAAAACUCAUUCAUUCUCCAAGAGCAAAUUGAAGGAUGAGGAUCUCUGUGGAAGACCUCUCGACAACCCCAACGACUUGUUAUUCAAGGCAACCCAGCACCGCUACUUUGGCUACAACAGCAACAACCACCACCACUACUAACAACGACACCAUGACCAAGUCCAAAAGGGCUCUGGUCAAAAACAAAACAGUUGAGCGUGCAAAACCCUCGUCUCAACAUAUAAUGAAGACAAAACAUCUGUGCCGAUUGAGCACCGUCCCCAAAAGAGCCCAUCUUCGAUGUUACCUUCCCCAAUCUAGUCGUUCUGUUCUAUUCUGUGCACUUGUUUUUCUCAGUGUAUUCAUCAGUGACUCUCUAGUGUUUGCCGUGCAUGUGGACGAAAGCACCAACCAUAUUUACCCCGUGUCAAAACAUUCUUACAAGAGCUUUCAUUCCAAGGACAAUAUUAACAAGCAUCAUUCCAAUGGGCCUCAUCAUGCCAAGCAUAAGUCGCCAUUAAAAGUGUUCUUCGCAUCGGGGGAGUCUGAGGAUGACCUUCCCGUGUGCAGUCCCAACAGUGUGUGUAACAAAAUUGACAUCUACGGAUCACCGUGGGUUGAGAAGCAAUGCCGAUGUCCAUCCGGAAUGUCAUCUUGCUCCAUGUCCACCCACUCCAGGGACGGUCGAACCAUUGUCGACCGGACCAGGCUUUUGAAGACCUGUGAGCCGGUUCGACAUUUCAAACGGUGCAAGUUCUUUAAGGAUAUCACAUCGACCGUGAUCACCUAUCCGGACAACUCGACUCAACAAAUCAUGCAUUGUAAAUGCCCCAAGAACUCCGUGUCAUACCUCAUCAAGCGACAUGCUUAUCAAACCGACCAAGGCACGGGCUUCCAAUAUAGCUUCGCAUGCUCGCCACAAACGAAGAUCCGUUGCCAGAGAAAGGAACCUUGCCAACUAUUUAGUGUUCGAAAGGACGUGACAAGGCCAGAGGCCGAGGAAGUGACCACCAACGCCCUUUGUCAAUGUUCUCAUCGAAAAAAGUGCCCCAAACAUCAUUUGGACGUGGGAGUGAUCCCAGGCAAGAUUUAUUCCGAAGAUUCGUUGCGCACCUACAGCGCUUAUUGUAUGUGAAAUCAAGCCCCUUACACGACCGACCUGAGCGAUAUAAAACACAACUUUUCAGCCUUACAAGCUGACCGGCCCACAAAAGACUGGAUCGAAAUUGAGCGCCGAGACAACUUGCCUCAUUUUCCUGAUGUGCCAUUUGUGAAACCUUGUGCUUCCAUUAUUAUUAUUACCUUGCUUCAACAACAACAUGCGACGUGAAUAUUUAACUUUGAAAUAUAUACAUCUCUUGUGCUUCUAGUA